AUGCUAAAUGAAAGAUUACCAAUGACAACAUAUUUCAUUCGCAACUAUAUAGAAAUCUUGAAGGAGUGUGGUGGAAUGAACAUUGAGAAACAGAUGAAGAUUUAUACAAAGAGAGAGAACAAAUAUGUAGUUCGUUAUGAUAGAACAACACCGUUAUGGGAUGUUAUGAAAACAUUGUGGGAGUGCAAAUAUUUCGAACCUAUUUCUUAUGGAGAACUUUUCACAUAUACGACUGAUUUAUAUAAACAGAACCCUGCACCAUUUAAAGAUUUGACGUAUGCUCCAAAGUAUUGUGUACAACUGAAGAAGAAAGCAGAGUCAAAAGAAGUAAAUAAAAAUAAGUGCAAGUUCAUUCCUGAGCACGUUUUCUUUGCUGACUUUGAGUGCAGUACAGACGGCUUUCAUAAAGCUUUUAACAUAUGUUACGACAGUGAAGAUGGUUCAGUGAGUGAAAGCAUUUGGGGUCAGAACUGUGCAACAGAAUUUUUGGAGCGACUUCCUGACAAGAGUUUAAUAUAUUUCCAUAACCUCAGCUAUGAUAUAAACUUCAUCUUAAGACACAUGACAGAAGUGAAAGGAACUCCCAUCAUUAAAGGUUCACGAACAAUGCAAAUAACUGGCUUAUAUAAAGGACGGGCAAUUAUUAUAAAAGACUCUUACAGUGUUAUAAAUAAGAAGCUUAAACUAUUUCCUGCUAUGUUUAACUUACAAACAGGACCGAAAGAAGUAUUUCCAUAUAACUACUACAGCAGUGUUUUGUUAGCAAAUGACAACAGAACUGGUGUCAUUUCUGAAGCGUGUAAGUUUAUCCAGGAUGCAGAUACAUUCAUGAAAAACAUAGAUUCCAUCAAAGGUUGCAGAAUAGAUGAGAACCACUUCGACUUAGAAAAAUAUAGCACGUUUUACUGCAAACAAGAUGUAAGAAUUUUAAGAGAAGGUUUUGUAAAGUUCCGCAAUGACUUAUUGAAAGAGUUUGAUUUAAACGUUUAUGACUACGUUAGUAUUUGUUCAAUUGCUAACAAAUUAUUUGAGAACAGAGUAUACUUCCCGAAUGGAAAUCUUUAUGACCUCUCAAAUAAACCAAGAGAAUUUAUUUCGAGAUGCAUUCAAGGUGGAAGAUGUAUGUUGUCAGAUAACAUGAAACAAAAGAGCGAAAAGAAACUCAUUGCUGACUUCGACGCU